CUGAGGAAAUAGAGGCGGGCAGCAGCUGAAUAGUGUCUGUGCCUUUUAAACAGAUUUUGUUCAAUUUGGUCACUUCCAUACAAUGAGUAUGAUCAAAAUCGAUUCAAACAAUGCUGGCAGUUGUAGACAAUGUAUUUCUCUCCGCCCAAGCAAUGAAAACCUCAAAUCGUGUAUUGCGAAAGAAGCACUCGACCAGCCAUUUGAUGUCACUCUUGUUGCUGAAGAUGUCGAGUUCAAAGCUCACAAGCAAAUUCUUUCAAAAGCAAGUCCGUUCUUUGAAAAGCUGCUUAACAGUGAGAUGAAAGAGUCUAAGGAAGGAGUUAUUCGCUUGGAGAUGUUCACCGAAGCUGUUAUGAGAAACACGCUGAAGUUUAUCUACAGUGGUCAGGUGGAGAUCGCAGCCGAUGAAGCUCGUGAGAUCAUUGCUAUGGCCGACUUUCUGUUUCUCCACGACUUAAAAACUCUCGCGGAGGGAGUUUUAGCACCGAAACUAGAGCUGAAUAUUUCAAAUUGUCUUUCAAAUUACUAUUUUUUCGAGAGAUAUCAAAGCGAGCAACUUUCUUCCCUAAGCAAAAAAUUUGUUCUCAAAAAUUUUUCCACCAUCUCGAAAACAGAUGCGUUCCUGAAUUUAUCGAGCAAAGAAAUCGAAAUGUGGAUUUCAGAAGACGAAAUUGAAAUAAAUGCCGAGAAAGAUGUGUUUGAAAUAAUUUUAGCUUGGAUAAAUCGUGACAAAAGAGGAAGAAAGAAGUGUUUUGCUGAGCUCUUUUCUCGCGUUCGCCUUGUUUACAUAUCGCGUGACUUUCUCUGCAGCAAUAUUGUGACCGAUGACCUGGUAAAGGACAAUGAUUGCUUAGGUCUCGUUGAAGAGGCUCUGCAAUUGAUUGACGCAGAAGACUUCGACAAUCCAUCAAUCCUACGUCCAAGAAGGUCCCUCGAGACUUCUGUGUUACUAUGUUAUGGAAGCAAAGAUAUUGUGUGCUAUUUUCCUCAGGAGCAUAAGUGGUGCACAGUGGGUGAGAUGCCUUCUAAAUAUAUCAGAAAUGGCCCAGUCUUUUCUUGUCAUGGAAAACUGUAUGGCACUGUUCUAGAAUCAGUGGCUACAAAUGAGCAAUACUGGAAACAUGUAUCCUAUAAUCCAUAUGGCGACAGCUGGGUGCAACUCCCCUCCAUAGAGGAAACUAAAUAUAUGCGUCAAAUAUUUAUCAAAGAUGAAGAUGAAAUUUAUGCCUUGGAAGCAGAACCCUGUACCAAUAGAUCUAAAAAUUUUGAUGAUUUUUGUAGAUUGCAUGCCCGCCGCUUGUUCUGUGAUGAAGAGAAACACAGUUUCUCUAUUACAAAGUACAACCCUGAUUCAAAUUCAUGGCAACUGAUAGGGAGACUGAACCAUCUACAUUCUAGAGAGGAUAUGUGCAUUGUGGCUCAUGAUGACUUUGUGUAUUUUAUUGGUGGAAUAAAAUGGCAACUAGGGAACAAAUGCACCCUUGUGAGUGAUGUUGAAAGGUACCACCUUGGUAAUCACCAAUGGGACAAAAUUCCUAACACUCAUGUGGUGCGAGAUUGGACUUAUGGUGCUGCGGUUGGUGGAAAGGUCUUUAUUGCCGGAGGAAUCAAUGCUGGGGAGGCCAUACAGCCUUGCGAAGUGUAUGAUCCAGCAACAAAUGUGUGGCAGUUUAUUUCAAGUUUUAAGUGUUUUGAUUUCAGACCCAAAGAUUUGAGAAAUCUCUUGUCUAUUGAUGGAAAUUUGUAUGCAUUGCUCCUUGUGAGUGUGGGCAAAUCAGGUUGUAGAGUCAAAGAUUUACACUUGAAAAUUGAAGGCUAUGAUCCAGAGGAAGAUGAAUGGAACCUAAAAACUGAAAUAGCUAUUUCUGUUUGCAAUCACACCUUCAUAAAUGCCUGUUCCGUAAGGGUUUUCAAAGGGUUCCUUGAUAGUCGUCUUCUGGAAAGCUGUGUUCCAGACUUGGUCACAAAAUCUACAAUGUCAUGUGGCUAUGACAAAAAGAAAUGCUCUGUCAUGUGAAAAGUCAAGCAUAUAUUUUUUUUAGGAUUUUUUUUAUCCAAAAACUUAAAUUUACCAGGAAAGAAAAACAUUAUUUAAAACCUAAAAUAAUAUUUUGAUAGGGUUUACAAACACCAAAAAAUAAAAAUAAUAGAACUUCAUCUCAGAAGGAAACUUAAUGGUCAAAGAAUCAGAAGAUGAACAAAUAUAUUCAUGCAAUGAGAGUAAAUUCUUACAAGAAUUUUCUAACUUUUUAGAAAUGUUAGAAAACUAAUCAAGGUGCUAAUAAAGAGAAGAA